AUGGCGAAUCCUUUUAAGAAUAUAUUGAAAUGUUUAAAUGAUUAUAAUUAUUUAACAGCAAAAUGUGUUUUGGGUAAGAAUGAACAAAUGCGUUGUGAAUUCUCAUUACUAAAAAAUGGACUAUUAUUGCGAGAGCAGAUAUGUAAACAACUGUUGAAAUCUUCACCAAGUUGGGCUACACCGUAUGGUGCUACACACCAAAAAGAAAAAAAUCAAAUGGAAUAUUCCAGUCGCUUUUCCUUUUUACAAAAUAGUGAAUUUCAAGAAACUUACAACCAGAUAUGCAAGAAUAAAUUAGUUAAUUCGUCAAAGUCAAUUGUGUUACAGACAAGUUACAAAAAUAUUAGUAAUAACUUUAUCACUGAGGAUGAUCAUUUUUAUGGUUCUGAGACUACCACUUUAUUGGUAUCUGAGUACUUUGUGACAAAAGAAACAGCUUUAUCCAAAUUUUAUAACAUACAACGGGAGCGUAAAAUCUGGUGGAUGCGUUUCUCUGCCAACGCAAGUCGUUAUUCUGUUGUUCCAUUCGAUAUUUGUGCUAAGGAAUACGAUGAAUACAAAAUUGCCAAUGAAAGCAAAUCAAUAUCAAUCAAAGCAAAUUUUCCUUUUGGGUUAAUCGAUAUGGAAUCAAUUACGCUGGUCCCUUUAUACAAUAUUAAUUCUUUAAAUUCAAACAUUUCUGAGGAUUCCCUUAAUAUUUCAUUAUUGCGUUCUGUAAUUGAUUUGGAUUUAAUAACAUGUGCUCUAAUUUUAGACGCCUGUCAUUACGGAUCACGCAACAGAAUUAAUGCACUGAUGUUAAAUCGAAAAUUGGUUCCAUAUCAAAUUCUACUUGCUACUUUGCAUCGAGAUGACAAAAUUAUUGAAGAAUUGGCCUUGCAUUUGAAACAUGUUAUAAGUAAAAGUGGUCUUCGACUUUAUAAUAAAUCUAUACAUUCAAAUACUCAAUUAGAACUCCAAAAACAUUUGAUGUAUUUCGACAAUCUUGGCAUACCGUAUGCGUUAGUAGUUGAUGACGAAUCAUCUAAAAGUGGGCUAAUCAAGCUGCGCAGUCGUGACACAACACUCUUUGAAACAAUUCACAUAAGCGACAUACCAACAUAUUUAUUAAACAUUUUUAAAAAUAAAUCUUGUUUAUAAAAAUUAAAAA